AAAUACCAGCCAACAUGAAUCCUCCAACUCUGUAAUUCUUGUUAAAGAAAGAAAACUUUAUCGACAGAGAGAGAGAGAGGCAGAUGGAAAGUAUAAUGGAAGAAGUGGUGAUCGUCGGCGCCGGAAUAGCAGGCCUGGCGACGGCUCUGGCGCUGAAGCGAGUUGGGAUCCGAGCUCUGGUUCUUGAGAAGGCAGAGUGUCUCAGAACCACCGGAUCCGCACUCAAUCUCUUCCCCAAUGCCUGGAUUGCUCUCGACGCCUUGGGAGUCUCCCACAAGCUCACUCCCCUGUACCCUCCUCUGACCACCGGCUCCAUCACCGAUGUUUCCACCGGCGCCGUUCGGCAAAUUUCUCUCACCGGACCUUUCUCGGGAAAGAGGGAAGGACCCAGACCAGUUCACCGCAAAAAGCUGCUGGAGGCUCUGGCUGAGGAGCUCCCGCCUGAUUCGAUUCGAUUCUCCUCUCAACUCGCUUCCAUAGAAACCGAACAAUUGCAUUCAGCAAAAGACACUGCUUCUCUCGCAGUUGUGCAUUUGAAGGACGGAACCACCAUCAAGUCUAAGGUUCUAAUAGGGUGCGAUGGAUUGCAUUCAGUGGUUGCAGAAUGGCUAGGACUCUCAGCUCCUAUCCACUCAGGCCGAUCCGCGGCUCGUGGGUUAUCGGUUUUCCCACAAGGCCAUGGACUUGGAAGCUCUGUUCAGCAGUUUCUGGAUGUAGGCAAAAGGGCCGGCGUUGUUCCCUUGAAUGAUAAUGAAGUGUAUUGGUUCAUCACUUGCCAAGGAGACCACAGGACAUACGACCCAAGCACAAUCCAAAAGGAGGUACUCGAGCACCAUGCCCCAAACUUCCCGUCAAUCUACCUCGACGUGGUCCGCCACUCCGACCUUUGUUCCCUCUCGUGGGCGCCGCUGAUGCUGAGGAAUCCGUGGAACAUCGUAGUUGGGAACGUGAGCAGAGGGAACGUCACGGUGGUCGGAGAUGCGAUGCACCCGAUGACACCUGAUCUGGGGCAGGGCGGGUGUUGUGCACUCGAGGAUGCGGUGGUUUUGGGGAGGCACAUCGGGAACUCCUUCUUGGCGAAUGGGAAGUCAGUGGUGGCGGAGGAGGUGGCUCGAGCGUUGGGUGCGUACGUGAAGGAGCGGAAGUGGCGGGCGGCGGGGCUGGUGACGGCUUCGUAUGUGUCCGGCUGGGUGCAGCAGAGCGGGAGGAAUUGGUGGAGGCAGCUGCUGAGGGUUGUGUUCUACAGUUACUUGUUUGUUGUGCUUGCUAGGGGUGUCAAUUUUGAUUGCGGGAAGCUUCCGAUUGCGAAGGCUGAGGAAGGGGAAGUGGAGGCGGAGUCGAGUAAGUUGGACUAG